AUGGCCUGCUUGUGUGGGGCCGUCAGCGAUUCAGCCAGCGGCAGAGCUGUACCCAACCCACAGGCCACAUUAACCGACCGCGUCCCUUAUUUGUUUCUUUUGCCAGACCCCCUUCAUCAUGAACGUGGCCCUUCCACAAUCCAUUCGAUUGUUGUCAAUUACAAGGGACUACCUAUAAGGGAUCUAAAAUUCUCCAAGGAAUGUCCGGAGGAAGGCCAUCGAUUUGACCCAGAAACCGGCAGCUUUAUGUGUGUAAUUCCCACCGCGAAAGAAUGCUUCGAAGUUUGUCAGUGGGUUGGAUGCAACGAAUGGUUUUUCGCAAAUAUGAUUAGCUCGCGGAAUGAGACCAGAAAUCCCUACCACCGAUGUCGAUGUGUUCCCCAGUUGAAGAUGUGCCUGUACAACCCCAUACCACCCGAAUAUCGUGACUUCACCGUCUGACUAUUACUACUCACUUCGUAUUCUGCUGUGAACCGACGAUAGCAAUACGCAGCAAACAUCCAUCGUUUGUUCAUUCCAUUCGAUGAUUACGCAUUCCUCACGAAACACCCACCCGCCCACCUAUUUACCCAAACAACCAACCAAUGUACGACAGAGCCAAUUGAAGCAACAAAAAAAAAUAAAAAAGCUCGCAUGUAUUUGCAUUUACCGAUUCACGAGAAGCAUUUAGCUGAGUCUUGUAGCAUUGACUUAUGACGGCCAUCCAACCAAGUAGUAACAUUGCUCAAAACAAAGGUUCAUUUUUACCUUCUGAUGGGUCGAUAUCCCCAAUUACGGGCUACAAAAUCGAUGAAAAAACUUUGCAGAUAUCCCUUCUGUCCAACAGGUAUUUUUGUGCAUGCACUUUGUGGGGGAGAACACGAAUGGCGUUCUCUAAUCAUGUCAUUUCUCUCUUUGGUAUGCCAUAUUUUUUUGGUCGUAAAUGGUCUUGUUUUUUCUUGUGGCUAUUGUUGUUACUGUAACUGUUGUCGUUCUGCGUACCAGAUGCCCUGAUAUUUAUUUUUAUCUAGUUUUAAUGAAGUAAAAAAAGCACCAG